AAGUUGCAAUCUCUAUUAAUGCAUAUUGAAAACAAAGAUUUAUCUUUUAUAUCACCUUUAGAGGGUAUAUGCCUUUUGGUACGACACAGAUUUUGUAAGAGCAAAGGAUUAUCUCUUAUUUGCACUCAAGGAGUCAGUGAGGAGCAUCGGAAAUAUUUUGCGAGUCGCUUUUCUCUGCGCAUAACAUUGUGGGAAUUGUGCGUCGCGCGCGAUCCAAAUUUUCAAUAGUGAUUUCAUUCACUGAUACGCUCACAUGAAUGGUUCUGUCCUCAUGUUGAUUUAGUAUGCAUAAAUGUUCGUCGGACCUAGUUUGAGUAGCCCCUCUGCGAAGCGCUAAAAGGAAACGCCAAUUUGGGAAGCAGAGUGCGCCCUUGGUCCACACCACCUUCGUCUAAACUGUAUUGACCCGUUAGACCUCAGUACACUGCAAAGAGCGGAAGCAAGCAGACGGUAUGGAGGAGUGCGAUGGAAGCUUGCUGGAAAGGAACCGCUUCGGCUGGGAGGACUAUCUGGUUUUCUCCGCUGUGCUUGUCAUUUCGAUGGGAAUCGGAGUUUUCUUCGGAUGCUUUAAAAAGCAGAAUACCGCGGCCGAUUUCCUCCUGGGAGGAAGAGAGAUGAACUUUUGGUCGCUGGGAGCGUCCCUCACUUUGGGAUUUACGUCCGCAAUAUCUGUGCUGGGAAACACUGCCGAAAUGUACAAUUAUGGAACUCAAUAUGCGAUGGUUCUGAUUGCUUUUGCGAUAAUGGUGCCUGUUACGACCUUUCUCUAUCUUCCCACCUUCCGAAGCUUAGGGAUCACAUCAAUUUACGAGUAUUUUGACAAGAGAUACAGCAAUAGAACUAGACUACUGAUGUCAAUUCUAUUUGUAAUUCAAACACUACUGUACUUGUCAGUGGUGGUGUAUGCUCCAGCUCUUGCUCUCCGUGCAGUGACGGGACUGGAUGUGAUCACAGCCUCGGCUCUUAUUUUCGCCGUCAGCGUUGUUUAUUCCUCUUUGGGUGGAAUCAAAGCUGUUGUGUGGACCGACACUUUCCAGUUUAUGGUUAUCAUUGUUGCGUUGAUCGCGGUUUUGAUUUUGGGUGGCUUGGUUGACGGGGACCCAUCGGUAAUCUGGCAAGAUGCACAAAACUCGAGCAGAAUUGAGUUUUUCAACAUGGAUCCAGAUCCAAGGAUUCGUCACUCAUUCUGGACAGUUAUAGUUGGAGGCACUUUCUAUUGGAUUGCAAUGAAUUCUGCCACUCAGUCGUCAGUGCAAAGGCUUAUGACAGCACCGUCCAACAAGCAUGCCGCAUGGGCGAUGUGGCUUAGCGCUUUGGGCAUGACAGUGAUAUUUUCGAUCACUUUUUAUCUGGGUCUAGUGGCGUUCACCCAUUACCAAGAUUGCGAUCCCCUUCUGAACAAAGAAAUUGAAGCAACGGAUCAAUUACUUCCCUUCUACGUGAUGGAAGUGGCCAGUUCUCUUCCAGGAUUGUCUGGCCUAUUUGUGGCAGGUGUUUUCAGUGCCUCAUUGAGCACUGUGGCAUCUUCACUCAACGCCCUGGCUGCCAGCACAUUGAAAGAUAUACUUGUCGGAGGAUUCAAUUACAAACCGUCUGAGGCGAGAGGUGCACUGAUAUCCAAAGGGCUUAGCGUCCUUUAUGGAUUGCUUGGAUUUGUUUUAGUUUUUCUCGUAAUGCAACUGGGAGGUGUUUUGCAGGUUGCAAUUAGUCUGAAUGGAAUGUUGGCGGGAGCUGCUUUGGGAACAUUUACUUUGGGCAUGUAUGUGCCAUGGAGCAAUGAAUGGGGCGCAAUUGCGGGCACAAUUGUUGGCUUUGCAACUUCGUUAUGGCUGUGUAUUGGCGCUCAAGUGGUCAGUUUAUCUGGAAAAUUAGUAGUAGAAAGGAAAUCCGUUGGCAUUAAUUGCGGUGAUGAUUGCUUCGUAAAUCAACCCGACAUUCCAGAUCCAAAUUUAGUGUUUGAUGGCUACCGAGUGUCAUAUCUGUAUUAUACGCCAAUUGCAUACAUUGUGACGAUGAUCGUUGGUGUUAUAGUAAGUGGAUUAACAGGCUGGGAAAAGAUAGAAAAUGUUGAUCCAGCGCUUCUUUCAACACUGAUAAGGGACAGAGUCAAACGCCACGUAAAGGGGAUCGAGCUUGAAACCAAAGAGACGAAUUCUUAAAAUAAAAUAAUUCUUGUCACAAAUACACCUCAUUAUUUUGACAAAUAAAGUAAAUUUUCCAUCAAUCAAAGCGCAAUGUAUAAACUGUUCCUGA